AAAAGCCGGAGCACAUAGCUUAUGCGGCACUCUGAUCGCAACCAUGAAACCAAACGUAGCCUGCAUUACCGCGGUGCUAGCCCUGCUACUGUCCGGUGCUACAUCCAUUGUGGCCCAACGAGAUUACCGAACUCAAAGCCUAGACAUUCUUCGGCUCUUGACUGACAAGCCAUGGAUCGGAUUGGGCCACAAUCGUUUGGACCGUCCCCCGCGUAUCGAACUUGACGUUGGUUCAGCCAACCUGGAUCCACUUACCGCCCACAUGACCCUUGAAAACAAAGACUACAUGAAAAAUUAUGUCGACGACGAUGUAAGGCGAAUUGAAAGUGAAAAAAGAUCAGCGGUGGCGACUGCACUGAACUCGGGCCGCCGGAGACGUCAGCCGACGCCGGCGCUCGGUAAGGCAGUCACGCCGUAUGUCGGCGUCGGUGUCCUUAACGACGUGGGCUCUUUCUUUGAUUCUCUUCGCGAUAAUUUGGAGACGCUCGCCGCACUAUCGCCGCAGCAACGGUCCACGCUGUUCCAAGACCCUCCAACUGUAGUUCACGCACCGUCUGCUGGUGGCGGUGGCGGCGGCACGGGAAUGAGGAGACUACAUGCACUGCGUCCACUGCGUCCCACUGGAAAUAUCAGAUCUUACAACCGCAGAUCGUUCGUGGAGGCGGACGGCGGGUACCCGGGCGCCAACCACCAUGACCCUGGCUUGCUGUGGACCGGUCUCGGACGGUAGACUGCCCAACCCUCCCUUCUCACAGCACAGAGCCAAUUUGCCAAAUUUAGAGUCCACAUACAUUAAAACAACGCCCAAAUUACCUGCAGACUUAAAACAAUUAGCCUUUAUAUAUAGCCCUACCGGAAUCAAUUUCAAUAAAGGGAUUAGUUCGUCAAGUGACAAGAAACACUCGGUCAGACCGCCCCAAGUGAAGAUUCGUAGUGAGCAGCCGAAUUAUAAUUUGAUAUACGACGGUAUAACAUUGUCAGAUAUUGUACUAGCUUUACAUGAAUAUUGUUAUUUGUGAAUUUUUGAAAUUAAAAGAUAUUUAAUAGAUCAUUGGAUAUGGAAAUCAUAUUGAUCCCUUCUCAAAGAUAGAAAGCAGCAUAUAUAUGUACAAUCGUGUUCUAACAGUCGUCAAUGCUUAAAUACAUACUAAAUAUAAGUCUUAUUAUAGAUUAUUGGCGUCAAAUUUUAACUUAUUUUGAUCUCCGUUUCUAGUCAAUUUAUCAUAGUAAAAAAUUGUACCUAUUUGUAAUUUGACGUCUAAAACUUGGCUAAGAUAUACACUCGACUUGAAACUGAACCUCCUUUAAUGUCUUUUGAAGUAUUGUUAAAUUGUAAUGUUAGAUUAAGCUAAGUAUACUAAACAAAAAUCAGUAUUUUCCUGUAAUUAAUUUCGUAUUUGUUUCAAUAUUAAUAAAUAAAAAAAUUACCAUCUCCCUAUAAAGUUGCAUUUCGUAGUAGUUAUCAAAAAUUAUAAAUAAAAGUUACUUUAACUUAUUUGAACCCUUGUCCGUAAUUAGAAGUGUUUUUCUCAUUUUAAUAGAAAUAUCACGUAAGAUUAUUUUAAUAGUUAUGUAUAUAACUAAUUAGGAAUCUAAAUAUACUUACUUACUCUUAUAUUAUUGUCUUUAAUGAAAGAAUUGUUAAAUUAUCAUUAAAAUUAUCUACUGUUAAGUAUAUAUCUGCAUGUAACGGUUAAGCGUGGCAAAUAAUUGUGAAACCAAUAAUAUUAUAUUGCUGAUUUGUUUUAUUUUACUAAUUAGAAAACCAAUACUUUCAUUAAAUCUAUACAACAAUAAAACAAUAUUUUUAUCUAUUGAUCUACUCUGUACACAUUACGCAGAAACUACUAUGUUAGGUUUCUUGUUUCACAACAAUUUAAAUUAUUUAACGACACCUGUAUUUCAUUUUCUUUCUUUAUGACAAACAAGCUG